AUUUUUUUUAAAAGCACGAUUAAAUCAAAACGUAAACUCAAGUAAAUUACGCUUAGACUUGUGUAAAGUUGAGUUGAAGAAACACGUCGCUGUAACUCAUUAGACACGCUGAAGGAGUUGUUGGGAUGUCCGGUUUGUUUCGCCGCUCCCCCCCUUUUCCCCAGCAUGAAUGGAACAUCCUGAAAGUGGUUUGGCUCGCGGAGCAGUAGCAACUGACAACAUCGCAGGGGGCAACUUCACUUCUGCUCACUUUAACCGACCGACGGAGCUAACACACCGACCAGCUACACAUGCUGCUGUAACUUCACCCCGUCAUCAUUUUUGCUCUUAAGAAAUGUCCAUAUUGAUUUUUUCCUGUUUGUUUUGAGGCAACUCACAAAAAAGCGGCUUGAAGUAGCAGGCUUCUGGUUUUUGGGAAUGCUUCCUCAGUCUGCCAGUAAAGAGCAGAGAGUGACAGUCCUUUCUGUCAAUUCCCAUCUGAAGACAUGUUUUACUGGACUCUGCCUGACUGGAAAGUACUCCUGCUGAUUGUGCUGCUGUGGGACCGCCUCUAUGCUUUGGGACUGAAACCCACGAGAUGGCCACUGUAUUCACAAAAGCCUCUGCUCCUGGCUUGGAAUGCCCCGACUGAGGACUGUGCCCCAAGACAUGGUAUUCGCUUUCAGCUGGACCUCUUCCAGAUUGUGGCCUCACCCAAUGAGGGCUUUGUUAGGCAGAACCUCACCAUCUUCUACAAGGAACGCUUGGGCUUGUACCCCUUCUUCAAGCCAGAUGAGACGGCGGUGAAUGGCGGGCUGCCUCAGAUGGCCAGUCUCACGCAGCACCUGAGUAAGAUGCCGGAGGGAGUGCGGAAGUAUAUAAGGGAAGCAGAGGCCAAGGGUUUGGCAGUUAUUGACUGGGAGGAGUGGCGGCCACUCUGGAUACGAAACUGGGACAACAAAGAUGUUUACCGCAAACAUUCUCGUGAGCUGGUGCGUCAGAAGAACCCGACGUGGCCUCCAGAGCAGGUGGGAAAAGUAGCCCAGCAGGAGUUUGAGAUAUCUGCCAGGAAGUUUAUGCUGGAGACGCUGAAGUAUGCCAAGAACCUGAGGCCCAACCAGCUGUGGGGUUUCUACCUGUUCCCUGACUGCUACAAUCACGACUACAGGCGCACUCUGGAGAACUACACAGGCCGCUGUCCUGACGUGGAGGUGGCCCGAAACGAGCAGCUGAAAUGGUUGUGGACUGAGAGCACGGCCCUCUUCCCCUCCAUCUACUUGGCCGAUGUGCUGCGUUCCUCAGAGUCUGGUCGUCAGUUUGUCAGGAACCGAGUGAAGGAGGGGAUGCGUUUAGCAUCAUCAGGCGAUGGGCUGGCACGUCCUGUCUUUGUGUACACCCGGCCCACCUACAUCAACUCCCUGGAACAGCUGACAGAGACCGACCUCGUCUCAACCAUCGGGGAGAGCGUGGCUUUGGGAGCCGCUGGAAUCAUCAUGUGGGGAGAUGCAGCUUAUGCAGGCAGAAAAGACAGCUGCUCCGACCUGGACGCUUAUCUGCGGGGUCCCCUGAAUCAAUACCUCCUCAACGUUUCCACGGCAGCGGAGCUAUGCAGCCAGACCUUGUGUGGUUCUCACGGCCGCUGUCUGCGCAAAAAUCCAGACAGCGAUAUUUACUUGCAUCUGAACCCCCUCCACCACACUAUCACCACGCACGGCGGCAAGCCGAGGGUCAUCGGCGAGCUUGGCGAAGAAGAGAAGACGAGUUUUCACAGCAACUUUCAGUGCCAGUGCUACAGCGGCUACCAGGGAGUGGGCUGCGACCAGACAGACCCUCUGCACCAAAGAGGGACGGCAGGUCAAAUCAUGGCGUCCGCACUGCACUGUGUCAUCUUACUGAUUGUCUCUGUGCUCCUCUGUUAGACGCACCAUCAAUACUGUAGACAUGGCUACAUUUUUUAUGUCUAAAUACUGAAGCAUAUGAGAUGUGACAAGUUGGGAAUUUUUUCUUUUUUUUCCCUUUCAAUUGCUGUAAAAUAUGGAUGGCACAAAGUGAAAUUUUAUAAGAAACACUGUGGAAAUUGCAAAGUUAUAUUUGUUUAUAACUUUUAAUCUUUUUUUAAACAAUGGAGGGCUCGCUGGAAAUGACCUUGUUUACAUUUUGCUCUUAGCUUCCUCUUGGUCACUGUUUCCCAAAGUGUCAGGUUCCAUGUUUCUCAUAGAGGACGAUUUUGAGGUGAAAUCUCAUAAACGAGUUGAGUCAGUAGGCGUGUAGUGAAAGUGGAACUGAUGCACUUAAAUCUUCUAAUAGCACAACAUAUUUGAAGUGCCUGAUCUUUAUUCAACAUGACCUCUCUCUGACAUCUGAUGUUUUCUGGAGGCAAUUGCAGUAUUACUAUUUAUUUGAAUGUAUUUUUAGGCGUUUUAUAUGAUAUUUUCCUGUGUUUGUGUCCAAAAACAUGACUACUAUUUUUCUCUUAAACACGUCAUUACCCGAUUUAUGCUAACAAUAAGACUUUUCUGUAUUUUAGAAGCUAUUUUGCAUCACAAGCACAAUGUAAAAAAACAAAUUUCUGACACUUUGUAUGUUCCACAAUGUCACUUACAUGAACACCUUUCUCUUUAUGCUGUUUUCUCAAAUUUGACCUUUGUCAUAUUAAAUAAACUUCUGUGUUGAA